AUGACUGAUAACUUGGGCAGAUACGUAUUCGUUAGGGGUAAAAUCCUGGACGAAACCUAUACCUUUGCCAACAUCUACGCCCCAAACACACAACAGGACAGAUUCCUCCGGGACACACUCCGGGCCCUCCACGACUUCACGACGGGCUGUCUGGUCCUGGGUGGAGACUUCAACAUUGCUCUACACCCGACGAUGGACGCAUCCAGGGGCCAUUCAUCGACACCCCCCCUACACUGCUUAAAAUUCGUAAACUUCUCCACCAGUAUGGGCUUACAGAUUGUUGGAGGGCGACACACCCGACAGACUACACCUUCUAUUCGACCCCGAAUGAAUGCUACACACGCAUCGACUACUUCUUUCUGCCAUACUACUAUCUACCCAGACUGUGGGACUCUGCCAUAGGGGGGACAAUGUGGUCCGACCACGCACCACUCACAAUCCAACUCACAUCGCCACUCCACAUACCCAAAACCACGACAUGGCGGCUCCACGAAAACCUCCUAUCCAACCCGCAGGUGGCCCAAGACGUACAACAAGCCCUGACGAUCUACUUCACCGAGAACUUACCACAGGACACAUUCCCCCUCUUGACAUGGGAGGCCCACAAGUGUGUGAUGAGAGGGAUUCUCAUCUCACACUCCUCUGCCCUGAAGAAGGCACGGGACCACACGAUCCGAGAACUAACGGCCAAGAUAGGGACCCUAACACAGGCCCACAAGCAAACACUAGACUACACACUUCUCGGGGAACUCACAGCAGCCCGUGAAGAACUAGCAUGGACCCUGCGGCAAUCGUACACUAGGGCCCUCCAGCGCACUAAAUCAUUCUUCUACACAGAAGGGGAUAAGUGCAGCAGGUUGCUGGCCAGAAUGAUCAACAAAAAACGCUCCAUGACAUAUAUUGCACGCAUGCGCGACACCGCAGGCCAACUACACCACAUGCCAGAUCAAAUCGCUACAGCUGUAACCCGCUUCUACACGGACCUUUACGCGAUUCCCCCCCACGCCCCUCGGGCGGACCCUAACAUGGGACUGACCCGCAUGAACGCAUACCUCACUAAAUACACUAAAACUAAACUCUCCUCGGACGCAGCGGAGGCUUUGGAGGCGCCCCUUAUGGAGGGGGAACUGGCCCUAGCCAUCAAAUCCUCGAAGACCGGCAAAAGCCCAGGCCCAGACGGCCUCCCUCUCAAAUACUAUAAAACCUUCCUGGCCACAUUGUCCUACCAAUUUAUCUCGGCCUUCAACUCUAUAACAGAGGGAAAUACUAUCCCCCAGCAAACACUAGCGGCCAAUAUUGUCCUGCUGCCAAAGGAGGGGGGAGAUACCGAACGGUGCACGGGCUACCGACCGAUAUCGUUGCUUAACUGCGACCUACGCCUAUUCGCUAAAAUACUAGCUACAAGGUUGAAUCCACACAUACCAGACUUAAUCUCACCUGACCAAGUGGGAUUCGUCCCCCACAUGGAAGCCCGGGACAAUACGGUCCGGGCCCUCUCCCUGA